CAGGGCGUUUUUACGGGCACGACGACGUAAACAAUGCUUCUUGGCCAUCGCGUACAGCUUCCCCUGAAUAAAACCGUACGAUUUGGAGGCGUCUGAGGGCCCACCUGCAUGGGAGAGUGACCAAAGAGCGGACAUUUUAUUGUUUUUAAUUCAGUUUUUAGUUCUUUCGACCAGCUUCAGUUCCAAUAGGAAAACCUACCCGGACAGUUAAAUUCGCAGUUUUUUUAUUUGAAAAAGGUUCAGUUCAGUUCGAAUCUCCGCCACGUGCGACAUGGAGGUUUCAAAGGUACUCCUGACGAAGUUGUUGUUGUUAGUGACUGUGUUGUUCAAUUUCUUCAGCGGUGUUAGAGGCGAUUUCGAGAACAGCUGGACGAUGUACAUGGAACAACCCUGUUGUUCGAGCACAGGACCCCAUCAUGUCAGGCAUCACAGAGACCACGUACGAGGGUUCUCCUGCGGUAUGAUGUACUACCGCACAUUCCACUUAGACGUUAAAAGGGAUGUCCUAUACGUAGGAGCAAUGGAUCGAGUUUAUAGACUGAACCUGAGCAAUAUCAACCAAUCAAGCUGCGAGAGAGACGCACUAAAUUUGGAACCCACCAACGUUGCCAGCUGCGUUUCAAAGGGCAAAACAGAGCACUUCGAUUGCAGAAACCACAUCCGAGUGAUUCAGUCCAUGGGUGAUGGCAGUCGACUGUAUAUUUGCGGAACAAAUGCACACAAUCCGAAAGACUGGGUAAUCAAUUCGAACCUGACCCAUCUGCCCCGGAACACAUUCGUACCGGGCAUCGGCAUGGGCAUAGCGAAAUGCCCCUACGACCCCGCAGAUAACUCAACGGCCGUGUGGGUGGAGAAGGGCAAUCCCGGGGAUCUGGCUGGCCUCUACUCCGGCACCAACGCUGAGUUCACAAAAGCUGACACCGUCAUUUUCCGAACGGACCUCCACAAUUUAACGACAGGCAGGAAAGAGUACAGCUUCAAGAGGACGCUGAAAUACGACUCCAAGUGGCUCGACAAGCCUAACUUUGUGGGAUCGUUUGAUAUCGGCGAAUACGUUUUAUUCUUCUUCAGAGAGACAGCCGUGGAAUACAUCAACUGCGGUAAAAGCGUCUAUUCUAGGGUCGCGAGGGUCUGCAAGAAGGACACGGGAGGGAAGAACACCCUUUCGCAGAACUGGGCGACCUAUCUUAAAGCUAGACUGAACUGUUCCAUUCCGGGGGAGUUUCCAUUCUAUUUCAACGAAAUUCAGAGCAUUUACAAAGUACCAGGCGACGACACCAAAUUCUACGGGACAUUCACCACCUCCACCAACGGACUGAUGGGCUCCGCCAUCUGCUCGUUCAAACUUUCGGACAUCCAGGAUGUUUUCAGAGGGAAAUUCAAAGAACAAGCCACCUCUUCGUCAGCCUGGCUGCCAGUCUUAUCCAGCAGGGUUCCCGAACCAAGACCGGGCACUUGCGUGAAUGAUACGGAAACUUUACCGGACACCGUGUUGCAUUUCAUAAGGAGCCAUCCUCUCAUGGACUCUGCUGUGAUGCAUGAAAACGAGAAGCCCGUCUUCUUCAAGAGGGAUAUAUUCUUUACGAAAUUAGUCGUGGAUAAAAUCAGGGUUGAUAUUGGCGGCGCAGUUUUGGACUACACCGUGUACUACGCGGGAACAAACGACGGGAGAGUUCACAAAAUCGUAGAAUGGGCCAAAGAAGAAGGAUCAGCCUCGAUACUUUUAGACAUUUUUGAUGUGACUCCUGGAGAACCCAUACAAGUCAUGGAGAUUUCUAAGGAGCACAAAGCUCUAUUUGUUGCUUCGGACCACAGGGUCAAACAGGUGGACCUGGUGAUGUGCAAUAGAAGAUACGAUAAUUGCCUUAGAUGUGUCCACGAUCCUUACUGUGGCUGGGAUAAGGACUCUAAUGUCUGCAAGCCAUACUCCCCAGGUUUGCUGCAAGACGUCUCCAACAGCACCAUCGACGUAUGCGACAGCAGCGUAGUAAAAAAGAAGAUGGUGGUGACCUGGGGCCAGAGCCUCCACCUGGGGUGCUUCCUGAAGAUGCCCGCGGUCCUAGCCUCCCAGACCAUCACCUGGUACCACUACUCGAAGGAGAAGGGCCGUUACAAGAUCCAAUAUAGGCCGGAUAAAUACAUAGAGACCUCUGAACACGGGCUAGUGAUCAUCGCUGUGACCGAAGCGGACGCGGGAAGAUACGAUUGCUGGAUGGGGGCGUCCCUUUUAUGUUCCUACAACGUUACGGUUGAUGCUCACCGCUGUUCGCCCCCGGCCAAGAGCAAUGACUAUCAGAAGAUUUAUUCGGACUGGUGCCACGAAUUCGAGAAGUACAAGUCGGCGAUGAAGAGUUGGGAGAGGAAGCAAGCACAGUGCUCUUCAAGGCAGAACAACAGCAACCAAAACAGCCACCCAAAUGAGAUAUACCGACCCCUAGUGUGAUAGCUGAUAGAGCGUGGUCCCCUUGCACUAACGUUCUUAGGUAUCCCUUUGUAUUGGACUCUCGUGCUGUUCAUGUAAAUAGUCGGUGCGCGCGGGAGCUGUAACUAGGAUUUAAUACUUAGACUGAAAUUUUUUUAAUGUGUAACCAGUCAAAAGUGCCCCGUUUUUGUGAUGGACUCUUAUCUAAGCAGUGCUUAAAAAUUAACGUGCUUUUACUUACCUCUUUUGAUGUGAUCGAGACAUACUUUCUUUCGACGGUUUUUAGUAUUCGAUAUUCCGCUUGGUUUUAUGCAGUUUCCUUUAAUGAUGUCAAUGAGUUGAAUUUAAAAAUCAUCUAAAUAUUGUAGAUCUGUGAUAUAUGUGUAUUGUAAUUAAGUAAAAAUUAACUAUUCUUUGGAUAAUUUUAACUCAAAAUGGAUGAAUCCGAUUAAUAAACUGAUCUUUGGACCAAAGCGCAUGGAUGGACUCUAAUAUAAGGUUUUAAAAAAAAAACAGAAUUAUACUGUAAAAUUUAGUGCAUAUUCAAAGCAAUACUUUUCGCUUGCAUGUGUUGGUCCCUCAAGAUAAUAUAUCUAUAUAAUUAUAUUAUUAUGUAUAAUGUAAAUAUUUCCAUUCGUUUCCUUUUCGUUACUUAUUACAAGCGACAUACGUUGGAAACCAUACACCAGGUGGUAAAAAAACUGCAUAUCCAUUUUGCUCGUUUAUAUUACAGUCAAACUUAGGAAUUAAAAUACUAGAUGGUGACGUUCCUACAAAGUAUUUUAAUUAUUAUAACACAAAUCCAUAAUUUAAUAUAUUCUGCCUUUAUUCUUGUUUAUGCAACAUUCUGUCAAACUUAAGGAUGAUAUCACUAGAUGGCGACUUUCAUAAAAUCCCUGCCACCCUUGUUCAUAGCAUAAAUAAGGAUGACAAGCAUUUUGUGUGGCGCCAUCUACUAUUUGGUUCGUUAACUAUAGCCCUUUUCUUUUAUUCAUAAUUUCGGAAUCAUAACACGUUACGAUCAACCAAACAGGUUGCUAGAUUUCGCAUCGUAACGCGUCAUGAUUUUGAAAUCAUGAAUAAAAGAAAAGGGCUAUAGUUAACGAACCAGAUAGUAGAUGGCAGCACACAAAAUGCCUGUCACCCUUAUUUAUGCUAUGAAACAGCUUAUAUUGUUUAUAAAUAAUGGAAUGCGUACUGAAAUUUUUCAAAGCUUCUAAUACUAUGUAACACCAAAUCUAUCCAUAACUUGAUAAUUUCAGCUUUGAAUACAACGUACAGUAUUAAAUUCAUCUUUCGUCAUUACCACUCUCGAUUUUAUUUAGAAAUCUUGACCUUUACCGUUUUUAUCAAUGUUUUCACAACAAUUUAGUUAUCAACCGAUUGAGCUUGUGGAUGACAACGCUAGAUGGCGCCUCGCUCAUAAAAUCCCUGUCAUCGUUAUUCAUAUCUAAAGGAAGAUAGGGAUUUUAUUUGCUUGUAAUAUUUUGCCUCGUUAGCUAACUAUUUUGUUUAUAAACAAGGAUAUUAAAAUUUGUCAAUAGUAUUAAUACUAGCACCAAAUUAUUAAUCCAUAAUUUGAUCAUUUUUGCCUUGCAUAUUUUUUUGUACUGUUUGUGUUGCAAAAUUUGGAAGUAUUGACUAUUAAAAAUAAAAAAAAGUUCUUUUGCUCGCCUGGUGGACCGGAAACAUGUCUUUUUUAUAAUAUUUACGGACAAUCACUGUAAACCACAUAUAUAUUACAUAUUAUUAUUUGUGGUAUGGAAAUGUAAUGUAUAACUAUUGUGGAACAUUUCACAGUUUUUUUUUAUUAAAGUGAAACAUGAGAUUUGCGGUUGAUUGGGAGAUUAAAUACUCAAAAUAUAAUUUCACCGUAACUAUCCGCAAUCGACGCAACUUGCGUGUUUUCACCGGACAUAGUAAAAUGUAUCUCGUUUUAGUUUACAAGUGUAUCCUGUAAAUACCUAUGUAUAGCUAUUUAUAAACAUUUAUGUAAUUUAUACUAUUAUUGUAGAAAUACAAUUGAAGAUAUUCUAGCUAUGCUUAAUCCUUUCGAUAAUACAUAAGGCUUUUGGUAUUUUUAACUUGCGUUUGUCAUCAUUUUUCCUUUGAUAAUAUCCAGUUUAUGUGUAUUUACCCAAUUUUAAUACUAAUAUACAUAUCUUUAUCACUGCAAUAAAAUAACUAAUAAUUAAAUUAUGUGUUUCGAUUGCAUUUACCGUUCACAAAAACGAAGGUUUUCUUUUAAGGAGAUUGUCAGUUUGUACUACUAAGAAUGUUGAGUUGUUCCUUCUAAAAUUGUAGAAGAAUAUUCUUGUUACGAAUUUAAAAAUGUAGAAAUUUUCAUAUGAUGUCACUUCUAUGAAGUGAAGUAGUAUGUAAUGAAUUUAUAGGCAAGUUUAACGUAACGGGUAAUGCAAAAAACUUGCAUCUAUUUUUAGACUCUUGGGUUUUCAUAUGUGAAAAAUUGAAUUACAGCUAAAAACAUGUUAAAAAUACAUCGUUAUUCAAAUCGAUUCGAAUUUUUAAAUCGUGAAACUACAAAAAAGAACGAACAAAAAAUUGGCGCCUCUUAACGAGUUUUAGCUAUAACUCUUUUUUACGCAAAAUUGGAGAAACAAUAGUGACACUAAAAUAUAAAAAAAUCUGUUUUUGGGUCACCCGUUUAGUCUUACAUCAUUUUUAUUUCUCAGUUAUGUAGAGUAUAAACCAGUCAACACUCUAGAUAGUAAUUUUAAUAUAAAUAAAUAGUUUUAAGUUAGGAAUUAUUGUUGUAAGUCUGAGUUGAGACAGUAUUUUUAUAUUACGGUUUUGUAAGGUUUAUUUAUGUUUAAUUUUCAUUGCAUCUACAAUGUUUUAUUGUAAA